UUUAUAUGGUCUAAUAAAUUGAUCCCAUCAAUUGGGUUCUCUCUCUCUCUCUCUCAAUCAAUCAAAAGUCUGUGAAGACUUAGACCAUCACCACCACUGCGCUGCACUGUUUGUUUGUUUCAGAAAUGGCUUCUUCAAUCUCCGAUGAAGUAACCCACGAUUUCUCUAUCCUAGGCCUUCGAGUUUACAAAGACGGCCGAGUCGACAGAUUCAAAGGCACCGAUACAGUCCCUCCCUCAACUAAUCCAGAAACUGGAGUCCAAUCCAAAGAUGUGGUUAUCGAUCCAGAGACUGGCUUAUCUGCAAGGCUCUACAUCCCCAGAAUUCCCAACCCACACCGUAAACUUCCUCUUCUUGUCUACUUUCAUGGCGGUGGCUUCUGCAUCGAAACCGCCUUCUCUCCGCUGUACCACAACUAUCUCAAUUCACUUGUCGCCGAAGCCAACAUCAUUGUGGUCUCUGUUGAUUACAGAAGAGCGCCCGAGCACCCUCUCCCAAUCGCUUACGAUGAUUCUUGGGCCGCUGUCAAGUGGGUUGCUUCUCAUUCCUCCGCCGCCGCUGGCGAGGUAUGGCUGAAGGACUAUGUUGAUUUUGAUCGGGUCUUCUUUUCUGGAGAUAGUGCAGGGGCCAACAUAGCACACAACAUGGGACUUCGGGUCGGGUUGGAAGGGCUGGAUGGAGUGAAGCUUGUUGGGAUUGUUUUAGUCCAUCCAUAUUUUGGAGGAAAUGACCCAAUUGGAAAUGAAGGUACUAACUUGAUUGGAAAAGCGUUUUCUGAUCAAUUAUGGGUGUUUGUUUACCCAUCGUGUAACGGAUCUGAUGACCCGUUAUUUAAUCCGGUAAAGGAUCCAAAAUUUUCGAGCCUGGGUUGUGGCAAGGUGUUGGUAUGUGUGGCUGAGAAAGAUUUGUUGAAGGAUAGGGGCUGGUAUUACAAGGAGGAGUUGGAGAAGAGUGGGUGGGGAGGGGUGGUGGAGCUCAUGGAGGCUAAAGGGGAGGAUCAUGUGUUCCAUUUGUUUAACCCGACUUGUGACAAUGCUUUGGCUAAGCUGAAACGAGUGGUUUCUUUCAUGAAUUAGAGCAAAGCCUAGGCAGCAAUUCGUCCUUUGUCUUACAAACCUUUGUCUCACCUAUUAUAUGCUUCUUGCUAAAUUCCAUUAGUAAUUAAUAAAGCAAAGGAUUUGUGUUCUU